AUGCAGUCACCCGGCGCCGCAGCUCACUCCUCAAAACUUACAGUCCAUCAUCGCAGCGAGAGAUAUCUGAUGACCCGCCUGCUAUACGCCGCCCUGAGACCAUUCAAGCCUGGAUUAGCCAAGGCCAAACACGAGGCCCCGGAGUCUACUCGACUGACCGAGCCUCGCAACAUAAAGAAAAAAUGCCACGUUCAUGAGACUGAAUCCGAUGGCGUUUGGGUCUAUGACUUGACCCAAAAGCCCGAGUCCUCGCAGUAUGGCAACGAUAAAGUCAAAGGCCACCGUUGCAGGAUUCUCUACUUUGCGGGCGGAGGAUGGCAAAUGCCACCGAGCGAUAACCACUGGGCUUUCUGUGCCAAUCUCGUCUGCAAAUUGCCCGACACUAAAGUCACUCUUAUUUCUUAUCCGCUGGCACCGAAGAAUCCCGUCUCAGUUGCCUAUCCUCGGAUAGAGAAGGUAUAUAAGGAAUUAUUGCGGCAGUCCACGAAAGCUGGAGAGAUCGUGGUAGUGGCGGGAGACAGUUCGGGAGGAAACCUAGCAUUGUCCUUGGUAACAUGGACGCUUCUUACGGGGAUGGAUGAGACGGUGAAACCGCCCGCGGCGAUCUUAGCCAUCAGUCCUACUACAGAUCUCCGUCACGAAGAACCCGAGAUUAAGCAGCUCGACAAGGUCGAUCCUAUCCUUUCGCACUCCUUCAUCAAUUCUACAGCAUCCACUUGGUGUCCCGGUCCGGUAGCGAGGGAGCCCGAUGAUGCUACGGAGCCUGCGGUACACGGCUAUCACCCCCGUCAGGAUUGGAGUUUCGAGGAUCCCCGAGUCUCUCCAAUUCACGCUGACCUCCGACCAUUGGUUCGACAUGGUGUUAAGAUCCACGGGAUCACGGGAUCAUACGACGUAUUGGCACCGGAAGCUGUCGCUUUUCGUGAAAAGUGCAAGCAAGCGGGCAUUGAAGGAGAGUGGCUCUCAUGGCACGGGCAAAUGCACUGUUUUCCAAUGGCGUAUAGGUUUGGCGUGAAGGAGAGCAGGCAAGCGGUAGAUUGGGUCAUUCAGCUUCUCAAGACAGUUUAG